GUUUACUGGCUGGCACAACGUUAUUACUUUUUAUGCAACAUUAACUUUUAAAAAUGAAACCGUUUGGAUAUAGUCCAAUAUAAGUUCAAAUAAAAUGUUCAUAUGAUUGACAAAUUUUGAGUGGCAAUAAUGUACCUGGGAUAUGUGCUUCUUUUCAUUUUGCCAGUUUUGUGCUCCACUGCAAGCACAUUUAAUUACACGAGCUGUGACAAGGCAAAACAGCCUAAAUUUAUGAGCUCCUGCUGCGAUGUCCAGCGAGACGACAAAGCCAUAAAGACCUGUCGCAAGUCCUUGCUGACCAGAAACUCCACAACGACGAACAAUGGCGAGACCCGGAAUCUCAAAUCGGAUAAAGUGGCACUGCAUGCGUGCAUAGCAGAGUGUGCCUUCAAGGCGAAUGGAUAUUUACUAACGAAUGGAUCCGUCAAUGUGGCAGCCUUGCAGAAAACCUACCAGCAGCGCUAUAAGAACGAUGCGAACAUGUCCCAACUGAUGGUAAGAAGCCUGAAUAGCUGCGUGGACUAUGCGCAAAAGCGCACCCAGCAGUACCAAUGGAUGCACGCAAAGGAUGAAUGCGACUAUUAUCCUGCCACCUUGCUCGCCUGCAUUUUGGAACAGGUGUACACGAAUUGUCCCGCCACAAUAUGGAAGAACACCGACGAGUGUGCAGCGAUGCGGAAAUAUUUGCUUGCCUGCGAUGAUGUCAAGAGUGGCAGGAAGUAAUAUUAAAGAAUAAAUUAUGCAUAACAUAAAGCA